AUGCCACUCCAGCCUAUUAGGAAGGCAGCUAUCAUCGGUGCAGGCCAGAUGGGCUUGGGUAUCGCCUAUGUAACAGCCGUCCACGCCCGCGUACCUCUCACCCUACACGACCCCUCCCCAGCCGUGCUCUCCAGAGCAGAAUCCGCCAUCCAAUACCACCUCAAAAAGGACGUUGGGAAAGGACGUAUGACGCAGAAUGAGGCGGAUGCAGCGUGGGACAGGGUCAAGCUCGUCAAAGGCGAUGGUUCGGGCAACAGCGGGGAGGAGAUGGCGAAUGAUACUGAUCUUAUGAAGGCGAUACCAGAAAUUCCUGAUCUCAAACUCGGCCUCUUCAAGCGCCUCGGCGAGCUCUUACCGCCCACCGCUAUUCUCGGCAGCAAUACCAGCUCGAUCAGCCUGACCAAGCUCGCUGCGAGUGCUGGCAGUAUGGGCGGAGAAGUCGGUAAAGGCAGUGCUGAGAGAGUCAUCGGGAUACAUUACUUUAACCCGGUUCCGGUUAUGAAGCUCGUCGAGAUUAUCCCCGGUCUUCAAACAUCCCAGGAUACCAUAGACCGAGCCACGUCUUUCGGCAAAGCGUGCAAGAAAGAGGUCACAACGUCCAAAGAUUCACCCGGUUUCAUCGCCAAUGCCAUCUUGAUGCCCAUGAUCAACGAAGCUAUCAUGCUCCUCGAAAAAGGCAUCGCCUCCGCCCCAGACAUCGACCGCACCCUGCGCCUCGGCCUAGCCCACCCCAUGGGCCCCCUCGCCCUCGCCGACCUCAUCGGCCUCGACACCUGCCUCCACAUCCAGCGGGUGUUGGCGGAGGAGACGGGGGAUAGCAAGUAUAGGCCGGCGGGGCUGUUGGUCAGGAUGGUGGAUGCUGGGUGGGUUGGGAAGAAGGGGGGGAGGGGGUUUUAUGAGUAUUAA